CAACAUGGGAGUUGAAAUGAAUAGUCCACGAGUAACAAAUUGCGGGCUAUGGGGUUGGAGACCAUCUUUUUUAAAGAUAUUCAACACACCUAAUAUGUACCUGGUCCUCUUCUCCAUAUCCUCUUUCGCAAUAGCCGUAACUCUGGGUAUGAACCAAGUGCUGAUACCAACCCUUCAGGAACUCUUCAACUUGAAUUCAAAGCAAAUUGGUUUGAUUCUCAUCGCAAAUGAUUUAUCUGGUCUUGUUGUGGCGUUCUUAUUCGGGCAUUUUGCCAGCAAAGGAAAGAUAAAGUGGUUACUUUUCGGGGUGAUAGUCAGCUUUAUAGCAAAUCUGUUGCAAAGUGGUACACAGCUCUUUGUCAAGCUUCCUGAACUGACAAGCAACGUGACUGAAUCUAGCGGAACAGAAGAAAAAGUGAUGUGCACACUUAAUGAUGGAGAUAAUGUAAACUCAGUGAUAGAGUCAACAUUUUAUGCUGUUCAGAAUAACAAAUUGUUCUGGAUCCUUUUCUUGGCCGGAAUAUUGCAGGGUAUAGGAACAUCUCAAGCAAUUUGUGGCAUAACGUAUCUAGACGAAGUUAUGACGAAGAAGAAGCUUGGUCCGUCUAUUGCUGUUGCUAGCAUUAUAGGUCUGCUGGGGUAUACAGCCUCAUAUCUGUUUGGAGCAUAUCUCCUGACACAGUAUGUCACCUUGGGUACACCCCCAGAUGGAGUGACACUAGGGAGCAGUCAUUGGGUGGGCGCAUGGUGGAUGGGGUACCUAGCACCUGGACUCUUGCUUGCUCUUUCUGGGAUACCCAUGAUACUGUUCCCUACGCAGAUGCCAGCAGCCAAGAUUGUUCUACGAGAGAAGAUAGAUAACGGGAAGGCAAGUCAACAAGAAAAGGACUUUGAACUGAACCGAUCAUUCAAGAAGCUUAUAAAGGACUUAUUACCCACUCUGAAACGUCUCAUGAAAAACAAGGCUCUGUUGUUUCUUCUUGUAGGUGAAGCUCUUAACAACAUAUACGUCUCUUCCAUGGCAUAUGAUACCAAAUUAUUGUCGCAACUGUUCAAGAUAUCAGUUACAGAGACGGGGACGCUUAUCGGGCUUCUGAAGAUAGUAGGAACUCUUUUAGGACUAGCCUUAGGUGGGGCUUUCAUGGGCAAAUUCGCUCCAUCGGGAAAAAGGUGUUUGCUGUUCGUAGUAGUGACACUGUUACUGGCAAUGCCUGCACCACCGAUGUCACUUCAUCACUGCGAAACUGACAAUGUUGCUGGUUUAUCAGUUUCCUACCCGACCGACCUUUCCCUGGAUUGGAACAAGGGAAGCAGGAACUUGACAGACAAGUGUAACGGUGAAUGUAAUUGCUCAAAAGAUUUCUACGAGCCCGUUUGUGAUCUGGAGAGUAACAUAACCUACUUCUCCCCCUGCCAUGCUGGCUGUUCUUCAUAUAACGAGGAAAAGAAUGUCUAUGAGAAUUGUGAGUGCAGUCAGGCAGAUUUAGUCCCUGGAGCAUGUCCAGCAGAAGAUUCUUGUUCGACGAGGAAGUGGAUAGUUUUUGUAAUUCAGCAAUUCUUCGGAACCCUCUUCUUCUUCAGUCACUACCCUGCCAUAAGUGUGGCUUACCUCAGAGUGGUUCCCGAAAUCGACAGGUCCGCAGCACAGGGAUUGAAACAGUUCUUUACACGAGCGUUUGGGUUCGUGUUAGGACCCAUUCUGUUUGGAGCUAUCAUUGACAACUACUGUGUAGUGUGGAGACUUGGAGGAAGCUGCUGGCUCUACGAUCUCCAUGAUUUGAUAGUGACGUUUACGAUGAGUCAGCUAGGAUUCCGUUUAGCAGGAACUAUCUGCAUCUUUAUUGCAUGGAGACAUUACCCAGAGUGACCUGGUUUACACGUACCACAGCUGACAAAUCAACUCUAAACUCUAAAAUUAUUUAAUCUCUAUAGUUUACACGUACUAGCAGGAACCCGUCUAACCCUAAAGUUGUGUCAAGACUCGAGAGACUAAAAUAAUUAUUACCUAUUUAAUUCGCGUUUUUGACACCACUUGGGAGUCCUUCUUUUUGCUUAUCGAUUAAAAGAAGCUGAGCUUUUAUAAUUCAAAUUGCAGCUUCUUGCUAAAAAAAACUAGGGUGCUGACUGCUGAUGCAAUGGUGCUUAUUCUCCUUUGAUAUAUUAUAAUUAUAUUCG